AUGGCCCCGUUUGAAGAUCUUUACGGGAGUAGGUGUAGAUUUCCCAUAGGUUGUUUUGAAGUUGGUGAAGCUGCUGUGACUAGACCUGAUGCUGUAUUUAAAGCUAUGGAAAAAGUUAGGUUUAUUCGAGAACGAUUGAAGACCACUCAAAGUCAUCAGAAGUCGAUUCUAAGUCGUGUUGAGAAGUUAGCUUAUGAGGUUGAUUUGCCAGCGGAGUCAUCUAAUGUUUACCCAGUUUUCCAUGUAUCCAUGCUUAAGCAAUGUAUUGGUAACUCAUUUGUAACUGAACCUUCUGAGGAUUUCGAUAUCCAGAAUAAUCUUUCAUUUGAGGAAUUUCCAGUUGAGAUUCUAGAUUUUCAAGUUCAGAAGCUAAGAAGCAAGGAAGUUCUUCUAGUUAAA